AGACGAGCCGCCUCGACUCGUUUCAAGAACUCUCGUCUGCCGUCUCCUUCCUCCGGCCAUGACCCAGGGUUUGGACGUAGACCUUUUUCGAGUUGGGUACCGUCUGCAGUGAAAGCCAGCCUCUCUUCACGUCUUCCCCAAGCCGCCCCAGUGAAAUCUUGGAGGAGCUUCAAGUAUCUCAAGUAUUUUCUCACGCUCUCAUGUCCAGAGUUUGCUGCUAAAAAUACCGACGGACGCAGACGCAGAGCGCCGGUCUUUUGCCGGGCGUCACCGGCCGCUGGUAUGGGAAUCCAGCCGACGUGAACAUCAUCGGCAGAGAGCUCAGAUCAAGAUAAACAGUGGAGGAUCAUGGCGGAGGGGCGUUUUUCCAGCCUGCCUCGGAGGAGGCUCCAGGCCUCCCUGGUCACCUCCAUGGACCUCCUCAGCUCCAGACCUGGCCUCCCUCCGGGACGGGGCGGCGGCCGCUCGGAGCCCGGCCCCCUCCACGGGACCCUGCCUCGGCAGAAGAGGGGAGGGGCCGGCGUCCCGCCGGGAAGCUCCGCCCGGGACGGGGACUCCGCGGGGGUCCAGUCCCCGACCGCCUCGGCGCUCCCGAAGCCUGCAGACGACUUCCACAGCGACAGAGAGCCGGCCGCCGGCCUCGAUGCCACGCUGGACUACGUCAGGUUCUCCAGGGACCAGUUCAUCCUGGACUGUCCCUCAGAGACGCUCCGCCGGGAGCUGGAGGAGGAGCUGAAGAUGAACUCUGAGGAGCCCAGGAGCCACGCGUGGUACCACGGGCAAAUUCCCAGACAGGUUGCGGAGAAGUUGGUGCAGCGGGAUGGAGACUUCCUGGUCCGGGACUCGCUGUCCAGUCCAGGAAACUACGUCCUGACGUGCCAGUGGAGGAACGCCUGCCAGCACUUCAAGAUCAACAAGAUGGUGGUGCUGCUGAACGAGGCAUACUCCAGGGUGGAGUACCGGCUGGAGCAGGAGGCCUUCCACAGCGUGCCGGCGCUCGUCAGAUACUACGUGGGGAACAGGAAACCGGUAUCCCAGCCGGCGGGAGCCGUCAUCUUCCAGCCCGUCAACCGGACGCUGCCGCUGCGCCGCCUGGAGGAGGAGCACAGCGAGAGGCGGAGCCACAAGCGCCUCAGCCUCAACAUUGCAGACGGACGCAAUGCCGUGCACGAUGGCGCCCUCUGCCAGGACGACGGCCCGGCACGAAACGGCCAGCUCAGGCUGAAAAACCGCUGCGGCAGCCAGCCGGCCAGUCUCAACCAGGUCCCAGAGCGGCGGCGGCCCCUCAAGGCCCAUCAGUCGGAAAGCUUCCUGCCACUCGGCUACAGAGCCGAGCCCCGGCCGUCUCCUGACCAGCUCCUGCCGGCCUCUGGCCACAAGUCUCCGGUGUUCCGGACCGGCAGCGAGCCUGUGCUGAGCCCCUCGGCGUCCCGGAGGUUGGCCGAGCCCCUCGCGGGUUCAGGCCAGGCCAUCCGAGGCUCCGACAGCCAGCUGUGCCCAAAACCACCGCCCAAACCCAGCAAGGUGCCCCUGGCUCGCCCUGCCGCCCCACCUCUGGACUCCUCGCCCGGGAUUGGUCCCAGUUCCUCCUGGAGGAGCGCAGGCGAUCAUUCCUCCUCUGCGCCUCCUCCCCCCGAAGGCGUCCGGCCUGCGGAUCCUGAGGAGACCCCCCCGGAGUGGGAGCCCCACCCCGCCCCGAAGGACCCCCACCCCGAAGACCAGCUCUGCAGCUACGUGGAGCGGCUGAGGAGGGAGGGCGGAGGGGGGCGGGGCCUGGACAGGACCUCCUACCAUCACGCCAUCGCAGCCCUGGAGGACUCCAGCGAGGAGGAGGAGGAGGAGGAAGAGGAGGAGGAGGAAGGGGGUGGGCAGGGCCGGUUCCAGCGACCCGUAGAGGAGACGGAGUCCGGUUUCAGGCCAGCCCGGUUCUUGUCCCGCCUCCUGCCUCCGGAGAACAAGCCGCUGGAGACGUCGGUGCUGAAGAGGGCGAAGGAGCUGCUGCUGAGCCACGACCACCGCAGCAUCGCCCGGCACCUUCUGCAGGCUGACUGCCAGGUGGCGCGCAUCCUCGGGGUGACAGCGGAGGCCCGGCGCCAGAUGGGCGUGUCCAGCGGUCUGGAGCUGGUGACGCUGCCUCACGGCCGCCGGCUGCGGCUGGACCUGAUGGAGAGGCACCACACCAUGGCGGUGGGCGUGGCCGUGGACAUCCUGGGCUGCACGGGCAGCGUGGAGGAGCGGGCGUCCACCCUGAACCGCGUCAUCCUGGUGGCGACGGAGCUGAAGGACUCGGUGGGGGACCUGUUCGCCUUCGCCGCUCUGAUGAAGGCUCUGGACCUGCAGCAGAUCAGCCGUCUGGAGGAAACCUGGACGACUCUGCGCAGGAACUUCACCCAGACCGCCAUCACCUACCAGAAGGUCCUCAAGCCGUUCUACAAGAACCUGUACGAAGGAACCGCCUCGCCUCCCGCGGCGGUCUGCGUCCCCCUGCUGAUGCCCCUCCUCGCUCUGAUGGAGCGUCCGUCGGUGGCGCCCGAGGGGGCGGAGCUCUGGGAGACUAGCGACCAGGGCUGCGACAUCAUGCUGCGCCACUUGGAGGCCGCCCGGGGCGUCGCCCGCCACGCCCAGGCCUACGCGGCUCGCGCUCAGGAGGCCCUGCAAGGGUUCCAGUGCGACGACGACCUCCUGGAAGUCUUCAGGACGGAAUUCCAGAUGCGUCUGCUGUGGGGAAGCCGCGGCGCCGCCGUCAACCAGGCCGACCGCCACGACAAGUUCAACCUCAUCCUCACGGCGCUGUCGCGGAAACUGGAGCCGCCACCGCCGCCCACGACGCACACCCUGAUCUGAUCCAGUUAGCAGGGCGUCAUGUAAACACUCCAAUCUGAUUAGAGGAACGAUCGGAGGGGGCGGGGCCCUGCCGCCGAUCCCAUCAGGGUCCAUUUCAACCACGCCGGGUUCCCGCUGGGUGGGGCCGCCAGCGUCACAGCGCAAAGCACGACGGGGACGGAUCCCUCCGCUCCCUCCCGAUCCGAAGCAGAAAGACGGUGAACCUGAUCAGAUUCAGAGCAGCUCAGGUCGGAGGUCAGAGGUCAGGAGAUGGUUCACUUAUUUAAAAUUCCAAAACACUCAUGACUAGAGAAGCCACUUUUUCCCUUUACAACUGUUGUUCCCUGAAAAACUAGUAACUACAAAAGCCUGUUAAUAAUGACCUGUAAAUAUUUCCUGUAAAGAAAUAAAAGAUGUGGAUGAAUUUUAACGUUUAUAUUCCGGACUCACUGCGGUAAAAUUUAAUAAAUGACUCCAUGGAAGAACGUGGA